AUGCGGAGGAUAGCGCGCUUAAGGAAGCCUGCAGGCUGGCUCGCCCCCUCGUCGCGAUGCCCCGUUGCAUCUCUGUCCCGCGCUCAGAGCGCUGCUGCCUCGACCUCGGCCGGAGCUCCUCUUCCCACAGCCUCCCGCACCGCGGCAACGACCAGACUAGCUGCCACAGUGGCACGGCAGGUGCGAUUCUACUCCGUAAAGCCCGGGUCCCUCCCCGCCUCCCUCGCCGAUCAGCCCGAGCCAGGCGUGUCAGCCCCCGAGGACCAGCUCGCCGCCCUCGAGGAGGCAGAGCUCCUGGAAGAGGAGGCUGGCUGGACCGAUGCCAUCCCUUACCGCCUGCCCCCCAACCGACAUCCCGCCGAGCGCCCCGACGCAGUCUCCGACCCGUCCUACACCCCCGCCGAGACCUCGGACGGCUUGGCCUCGGUCGGUGGCCUGGAGAACUGGUGGGACCGCCCUGAGAACCGCGCCGAGGGAAGCGACUUUGCCAGCUUCAGGGCCAGGAGGAAGGUCCAGCACCCGGAUGUUCUGGAGACGGCCGUGCGCCGGGCUGUGGUCGAGGCCACCGCCCUGAGGAUGGUGGGCCGCGAGGGCGACCUGGUGGGCUCGUGGCCCAUCGGGACCGACGUUGAACUGGAAAGCGUGCUUGCCCAGGAUGUACAGCUCGGCCAGGACGGUGCCGCCGUCAUCGCUGGCGAUUUCCAGUCGGUCGCUCGAGGCUUGACUGCGGAUACGGAAGCCGCCGAGACCGACUCGGCCGUCCCAAUGCCCUCGACCAAGGAAGCUGCUGCUUACCUGGAGAAGUGGGACAGCAGCUGGAGACGCAUCCCCUUGGCCGAUCCGCGCAUCAAGUUCGCCGUCACCAAGCGUGUCUUCCAGCUGACGGGCCAGCUCAUUCCAGACCACAAGCUCUCCGACAUCCACACCGUCGCCGGUCUCUUGGCCGCCGUCAAGACGCCGCCCAAGGCCAAGACCCUAUCCCAAGAUAUCCAAAAGACCAAGCAGGACCUCGUCAGCCUGCCCAACCUUGCCUUCUCGCCGAAGCGCGUGACCAGGGCCGACAAGGCAAAGGCCGUGGGCCAGUACAAGAUCAUCGAGGAGGAGCUCGCCAAGAGAGACCUCCAGCACGGCCCCUUGUCCGUCCCGCCUAGCAGGGAAAAGCACUACUUCAAGGGUUCGGCUUGA